GUAUGAAGAAAACAGAGGAGUUGACUAUCGCUCUGUGAUUGACAGCUAUGAACACCAAUCCUUGCAUUCCCUCUGAUGGGAUGAGGGCCUCAAGGGCUUCAGCCCAGGAAGCAGUCUUCUAUUGGAGAGUCCUGCUGGAGUAUGAGAGCAUCUCAGCACACCUGAACAGGAGGAACGGAGGCGAGGAGCCGGUCGCAGGGCAGGAACAUGGGGUGACCUGGGCCGACCUCAAGGCAGAUGACCAGUGAUGGCCACAGCAUCACCUGGACUAUUUCAGCAUGACGUCAUUAAGGCAGAACGGGAAGAAGAACUGCUGAAGUCACUGGAGAGCAUCCUUCUCACCGCCGGGCUGUCCAUCAUCAUCGUCAUGACGGUGUUUGGAAACCUACUGGUCAUGGUGGCGCUCUGCAAGGAUCGAAAUCUACGGAAGAAAAAGACCAACUACUUCAUCGUCUCGCUGGCCUUUGCCGACCUGCUGGUGGCGCUGGUGGUGAUGCCCUUCGCCGCCAUCGAGCUGACCACCGGCGUGUGGAAGUACGGCCAGCUCUUCUGUCUGGUGCGGACCUCGCUGGACGUCCUGUUGACCACCGCCUCCAUUCUGCAUCUCUGCUGCAUUGCACUGGACAGGUACUACGCCAUCUGCUGCCAGCCUCUGGUGUACAGACACAAGAUGACCCACCUCAGAGUGGCGGUGAUGCUCGGUGGCUGCUGGCUCAUCCCCACCUUCAUUUCCUUCUUACCCAUCAUGCAAAGCUGGCACGCCAUUGGCAUCGAGGAUAUUAUCGAGGAGAGGCGUUCCUCACCAGGAGGCUCCAACGACACAAGUUGCGUGUUUGUGGUCAACCGUCCAUACGCUCUGAUCUGCUCCACGGUGGCCUUCUACGUGCCGCUGGCCCUCAUGGUCCUGGCCUACCAGCGCAUCUACGUCACCGCCAUGAGCCAUGUGCGGCAGAUUGAGACGCUACAACGCGCUGGCUCCGCCCCAGUUACCCCCGCCAUCAUCAUGAGGUCAUCGACCUGCUCGGACCACUACCACCUGAGGACGGAGCAGACUCCACUUGCCAACAGUCGCAUGCACAUUGAGACCAAAGCGGCAAAGACCCUGGCCAUCAUAAUGGGCUGCUUCUGCCUGUGCUGGGCACCCUUCUUCAUCACCAACGUGGUGGACCCCUUCAUCCACUACUCCGUGCCCUGGCAGCUAUGGACUACAUGGCUUUGGCUCGGCUACAUCAACUCGGGCCUGAACCCCUUCCUCUACGCCUUCCUCAACCGGGCUUUUCGAAGGGCCUUUCUGGUGAUUCUUUGCUGUGGGGAUGAGCGCUUCGUACGCCAGGCUAGCUCCUCCUAUGGACCCGCCCACAGAGUGUGCUCGCCAUCCGUCAACGGGACUUCCAUGGCACUAAGCUUCUUUCUGCCAUGAGAACCUCAAAGAGGCUGAACUCCAGAAUGAAAGUCAAGCAAUAAAGUGGU